UGCUCAGCAGACAGUAGCAUCUGAAAGCUGCCUGGGAACAGAAAGGAAAGGAGGGUAGAGAAACAAGGGAGAAAGACUGCAUCUAUAUGGUGGGGAGGGGACGUUUUCUGGCUCCAUUUUAUCUAUCCUAUUUAUCACAGCACCUCCCUCCAGGAGCCAGCAUACAUUUUCAGAUGCACCAAUCCAGCCAGGGUUUCCCAGAUGAUUGAAUGAUAUAGCCCUGAAUCCUAGGAGGAGAGAGGGAGAAAGAGAGAGAGAGAAGCAGAGUGGGGGAGAUUUUGCAGGGAUGUUUAAUAUUCAGGUCAUGUGACCAGAGCAGCAGCAUCCCUGCUUAACUGAAAUAUCCAUUGAAGAAGAAAAAGAAGGCACAUACUCAAGAGAGAGAGAAUCAGAAUCUCAAAAGACAGCGUUUAGGGCAGAGCAAAGCAAGGAGGAACCCCACCCCGAAGAAUCACAAAGAAAGAUUCAUGUUCAAAGGUCCAGCAGAUACUAAGCCUGAAACAGCCAUGUCUGAGCUGGUGCCAGAGGCCCGGCCAAAACCUGUGGUACCAAUGAAACCUGUUGGUAUUAAUUCUAACCUGUUGGGCUACAUUGGAAUUGACACCAUCAUAGAGCAAAUGCGCAAGAAGACUAUGAAAACUGGAUUUGACUUCAACAUCAUGGUUGUAGGCCAAAGCGGAUUGGGAAAAUCAACACUUGUGAACACCUUGUUCAAAUCUCAAGUGAGUCGCAAGUCUUCGGGUUGGAAUCGUGAAGAGAAGAUCCCCAAAACAGUUGAAAUCAAGGCAAUCGGCCAUGUUAUUGAAGAAGGUGGUGUCAAAAUGAAGUUGACAGUGAUUGAUACCCCUGGAUUUGGUGACCAGAUCAACAAUGAAAACUGCUGGGAGCCCAUUGAGAAAUACAUCAAUGAGCAAUAUGAGAAAUUUCUGAAGGAGGAAGUGAAUAUUGCAAGGAAGAAAAGAAUCCCGGACACAAGAGUCCAUUGUUGCAUCUACUUUAUCUCUCCCACAGGUCACUCCUUGCGACCCUUGGAUCUAGAGUUUAUGAAACACUUGAGCAAAGUAGUAAACAUCAUCCCAGUUAUUGCCAAAGCAGACACCAUGACUAUGGAGGAGAAGAUUGAGUUCAAACAGAGGGUCCGGAAAGAACUAGAAGUCCAUGGAAUUGAAUUUUAUCCCCAAAAAGAAUUUGAUGAAGACCUUGAGGAUAAGACAGAGAAUGACAAAAUUAGGCAGGAAAGUAUGCCUUUUGCAGUGGUGGGCAGUGACAAAGAAUAUCAAGUGAAUGGAAAAAGGGUCCUGGGCAGGAAGACACCCUGGGGUGUCAUUGAAGUGGAAAAUCUUAAUCACUGUGAAUUUGCCCUACUACGAGAUUUUGUCAUUAGGACCCAUCUUCAAGAUCUAAAGGAGGUAACACACAACAUCCACUAUGAAACUUACAGGGCUAAGCGACUGAAUGACAAUGGGGGGCUUCCCCCGGUGACAGUAGAGAUAGAAGAAAACCAUGAAAGCAAUCUGUGAAUGAUCCAUUCUGGUCUGCUAUCACCUGCUGUCUCUGAAUUAUAACCACCACUACCAUCUUUUCCCUUGAUUUGAAUUCAGGCCUCUCUUUGAAGCAUGUGGAAUAUUCUUUGUGUGUGCAUACGAGGAAAGAAUCAGGGGUAUAGCCCCUAGCUUUCCUCAAAUGUCCCCAUCUGGUUCUUUUUAAAUUAUUAUAUGAAUUUUGUAUUUUGCACAGCAAACACUAGUCUUCCGUUGUUACAUAUUCCAAGACUCUCAACUGUGCAUAGUAAUUGUGGGAAAUACUGAAGGGGAGUGAUUUGAUCUCUGGAGUCACUUGGAAUGUCUGCAAGGGAAAAAUAAGACUGGUGUAAAGAUGUUGAACGCACUACGGGAACUACAGAGCCAUAUUUUGGAUGUGAGUUUCAUAGGGCUGGAAGAGAAUGGGCUGCUGUGCAGUUGUGGCUUGUUCUAUUGGCUUACUUCUCAGCAAGAAAGUGGACUUAUUUGGAAUUUCCAAUUAAAUCAGUGAGAGGGGUUUAUUGCCAAAUAAAUGCGUUUAGAAUCAAGAUGUCAGUAUGGGACAGAUGGACAGGCUUUGGGUUAUCCUGUUUCCCUUGGAGAGAGGUAAAUUUGUAGUGAGAAAAGCAGAGUUGAGGAUUGAUUCAGAAGUAGUAGAUUUUUUGCUGUGGGAAGGGGGAAAGCAUUUUACAGAAAGAAAUCCCUUUCUACUUGUGAUGCAAAGUAUGUUUUCAUGAUAGGUAUUAUCUUAAGUUGCUGUUAUACAUCCAAGAUGUCUUGAUCCUCAUUGUUAUUCUGCUUUGUUAGAGCUGCUUUCAAGAUAUUUUAACAGACCUAUCAUUGCAAAAAUCCCCUUUAGGUUGCUGCAUCCACUGGAAACAGCAAGAGCUUAACAAGUCUCACUUGUGCCUUUCUUCCUUCUGACCCCUUGACUAUGGGGGGGGGGGGGAACUUUCUGCUAAGCAGAGCUCCUCUUAUGCUGGGAAUAUUCCUCAGAAUGUGUACACUCUGCUGCUCUUCUUUGAUUCCGUGUAGUGGCUUCCUUACACGGAUCUGUGCUCAUUGGAAAUUCUGUUGAGGCUGCAUCUCGUAAUCCACAUGGCUGCCAAUUGUCAACAUCCCAAAAUGGAAUCUGGCAGCUCCAUGCUAGUCCUCACAAUUCCAGAACCUAUUUUUUAAACAAAGAACAAGUACCUGGCACUCAUGGCUAUGGAGAAAAUGUAUCAAGGUGUGUGAGUAGUUUCUGUUGAAGACUUAGGAAGAGGAAAUAGCCUGAGUAGAACUUCCAGUUGUUGAGAUUACAGCAUUAACCUGUAGGAAGCCCAUAUUAGUCCUCUUCUGUCAUCACUGUUUCACACUGCUUCCUAAAAUGCCAUGAACAUAGAUCAAUUUUGUUCCCUCUUUUUUAAAAAAAACCUUUGUUCAUUUUCCGAGGUCAGUGCAUAUAUACAUUCAAUAUUCACUUCUGUACAACAGCUAUUUAAUUAACUAAAAAUUUGUGCCCAGUCUUUCUCUAGAUGGAAAAAGGUAGCUAACCAUUACAUAAGAUUUAGCAAUAGGAAAAAGUCUGAUAUCAACACUAUAUAAUUUAGUAUAUAUACAACAGUCAUAGUUGCCCCAAAAAUAUUAAAAAUGAAUCUGAAAAGAAACAUUUUUCAAAAUGUUUUAAUCUAAUCUGGCCUUGGGAUUGCCUGUUUAAAGAAGAAAUUCCAUAGAACCAGGGAGUCACAGAGAAGCCUCCAUGCCACAUUCUGUGUCCUUUUAUAAACUGAUGAAAUAUGGCUUCUUCAAAUAAUGUGAGAAGAUUUACACAAGAAAUUCUGCAUAAGAUGCUAUUUAUUCAACUACUGUAUUUAAUCUAUUUAAAACAAGCUACUGGCCUGCCAAAAUACUUCCAAGAUAGUUUACAAAGGUUUUUUUUAAUGUAAUGAUAAAAAUUAGCACAAAGUUAACAAUAAAGCCACUGCAUAAAGCAAUACCAUAAAACCACAGCAUAAAACUAACAUUUUUAUGGUACUUUUUAAAUCCCAGUCUUUCUCCAGUGAGUUUAGGUGGUCACGUACAUGGUUCUCCAUGCUCUACAUUUUCUGUGAGGAAGGUUAGAGUGAAAGAUUGUGAUUGGUUUAAGAAUAGCCAGUGAACUGGGACUCUGAAGACAGGUCUCUCCAGUUCUAAUCUAGCACACUAAAUACUUUAGGAAACUAAAGUUGUUGUUUUUUAAAUUGACAUUUCCAAGAAGAUAAAGAAAUUCUAAACUAUAAAGCAGGCCAACAACCAGCAACAAAACAUACUGAUUUUUUGAAAGCUCAGAUUAAACAACUACAAGAAACCACCUUCAAUAUCAAGUCAGAUGCCUGGGAAAAGAAUAAUUCCCCCUUCCCCCAGUAGUAGGACAAGGUAAAUGAUUGUCAAUGACAAGGUGACGCAACAGAAAAAGCCCUAUCUCUGGCAGUCACCCAGCAUCUUUCUGAUGGAGGAAACACACAAAACAGGACAGCUGAAAAUGACCUUGUUUGACAUGUAUAUAUGGAAGCAUCUGAUAGCUUGAUCCUGGACCAUUAUGUAUUUAUAAGUGCAUAUACAGGAUGAAGUUUCUUGCUUUAAAGGUAAAUGCUAGCACUUUGACUUGUGCCCAGAAAUAAACAGGCAACCAAUGGAGCUUUUUGAACACUGAUGAGAUGUGUUUCUUGAAAAAGACACCACCUAACAAUCUCGUUGCUGCAUUUUGAACCACCUGAACUGUCCUCAAAGGUACCUUUUAACCUACGCAAGACCAGACCAUGGACAACAAAGACCAGAUCUUGCUUCUCAAAGCAGGCUAUAACUGCUGCACUUACUGAAGUUGAUUAAAAAUGCUACAUGCUUCAGAAGCAGCCUGUAUAUCAGUUUCCAGAGGCGUGGAUCUAAUGGCAUGCACAAACCCUUAGGAGGGCAUCUCCAUCCUAGAAUAGACGGUACCCUCACUUCUUGAUUAGCCAUAUUAUUAGUCAUCAGCACCUGACUGGACUGUAUUUCAGUGUAUCAGCCAGUCCAUUACUGCUUCCAGAUAACUGUUCAGAAUAUCAAUCAUCGCAUCAGAUUCUGCUGAAAAGGAGAAAUGAAGUUCCAUGUCACUGGCAUUCUAAUGCUGACUCCAAAUCACAAUGCAACCUGUCCCAGUAAUUUCAAGCAAAUGGUAUGCAGCACAGGAUGGAGCUCUGCAGGACUCCCGGGUAGAAUGUAGUUGAGCAGCUGUCCCACAGCGCCAUCUUCUGGAAGCCAGAUAGGAAUUGAACCACCAAAAUGGAACCACCCAUCUCAGUUAGCCCAUCCAGGAUAUCAUGGCUGGUGAUACUGAAAACCAUUGAGAGGUUCUAUAGAAUCAACAGGAUCACACUGUCUCUUGCCUGGUGAAGGUGACCAUCAAGGUAUGGCAUA